GUGCUGUGUAAAUGAAGGGUGCCCACUAAACAGAAUGGAGAUAGUGGAGGAACAGAUGUGACGCCCGGGAGACUCGGUGCUUGUCGCGGUGAUGGUGGGGAUGAGGCCCAGUGGAGCUGUGGUGGCGGUGGUGGUUAUGGUAGUGAUAGCUUUGGCGAUGGUGGGGGUGCGCGGGGAGCUGUCGGUGCAGUGGAGGAAUAUUGCUCGAGAACGUCAGUAUAGACCAUUCGACCUUGACACUUACGAACGAAAACAAGCAGCGAAAGAGAGACAUAUCCAUCUGUCACUUCGGCUCAGUGACAGCCUCGUACAGUUCUUCAUCAACAACGUCCUGGAGUACGAGAGUGAGGGACGGAGGCCGACAUUGGAACGUUCUGGGGCGGCUCACUCUGGCGUGCACGUGUUGGUGGUGCAUGAGGCCCGCGGGCACCUCAUGAUGGCCCAGCACUUCCUGACGCACCAGCCGGCCGAACACCGACGGCUGCGGCAGUGCCUGGCCACCAUGCAGCCCGGCAGGGUGGUGGCGGUGCUGGGGGCCCCGGAAUGGGUCUUGUUUCUAGGGCAAGAGGCUGAAGACGCUCUCUCGGCGCUGGGGUCGAAGUGGGCGGCGCGCGUCGGGCAGGGCGAGGUGUGGGCGUGGGUGGGCGUUGCGGGAGGGAGCACACUGGCUGAGGCGGCUACCACGAGGAGUCCAAAGCAGUACCCGGCGGCCGACCUGAGGCUGGACGUGAACGUGGCCAAGACUCAGCGCCAAGGCAAUAGGUGUGCCUGGUAUGAUGUUCCAGGUAUGAGCCGCCAGGCAGCUUUCUGCGAGGAGUAUGACGGUUAUGGUGACCUGUGUGCCUGCGAGCGGCCCUUCUUCCCCGAGACCCGGAAAGUUCAGCAAACCAUCCCGGUGCGCGAAGACAUCCCAGUCGUAGUGAUGACCGCCAACAGACCUUACUAUCUUUACAGAGUUCUUCGUCAGCUGUUCACGCAGGCCGGAGCAUGGCAGACGGAGGUGCUGGUUGUGGUGGACGGCGCCCACCAGGAGACGCUGGCCCUGGCCGGCGUGAUGGGUGUGGACACACUGGUACACCGGCCAGAGGGCGUCCUUGGCAAUCGCACGAACGCCAACGUCCGCUUCGCCCUCUCCAGCGUGUUCAGGCACUUCCCCCGCGCCGACAAGGCCAUAAUGCUGGAGGACGACCUCCUCCUCUCACCGGACUUCCUGAGGUUCAACCAUCAGGUUGCGCCACUGCUAGACCGGGACCCUACCGUGUCCUGCAUCAACGCCUUCAACAGCAACAGCUUCCCCGACACAGCCAAGGACCCGCGGGUGCUACUGAGGGCUCGCUCUUACCCAAUGUAUGGCUGGCUGGCCUCGAGAACCUACGCAGCGGAGAUCACGCAGAAGUGGGUGCCGCCCGGGAAAAAAGCAGACUGGGACUGGUGGCUGACGUGGGAAGACCGAAGAAAAGGUCGUGACGUGGUGUCCCCCGAGGUGUCGAGGACCUUCCACGCGGGCUCUGCCGGGGUGCACGUCAACGGUUUUGAGCAGGAGCUUUACUUCAACCGCAUGCUUUACAACCAGAACCCCGAGGUGACCGUCAACGACCUGGACCUAGUGCUAAAAGCUAAAUAUGAGGAAGGGCUGCACCGUGAACUGAGGUUUGCCCGGCGGGUCACACCGCCAUCCCGUGACCUGUGCAACAUGACGUGGGUGCCACGAAGCAGCCCUCGGUCCCUCGUUAUCUUCUUGCACGCCGAGGACAGCGCUGACAAGUACCACAGUUACGAAAUUUUCUUGAUGUGCUUCCGGACGUACGACAUCUCCACGCGGGAGAUCUUCGAGGGCGUGAUGCGUCUCAGGUGGGGCAGCACGCUCGUCUACCUGGUGGGCUGCCCCUACUCUCGCUUCUGCGUCUACAAGCCUGCAGGCCGAGGUGUGUACCGGCCACAGCUGGAGGAGCUGCAGCGGGCGGCUCGACUCAGGGAGGAGUGGGAGAUGACGCUGAUGCCAAGCAACCCUCGCCUGGCUCGUGACCCUGUCCGCAGCCCCGACCUCGAGUUGACCAACGUCCUCACUCAAGGAAGGGCUCGGCCUCCCCAGAAGACGGCGUGACAGGCGGGGUCGCUGGAGCUGCCUGCCGCAAUUGGGGGGGGGUGGUCAUGACACUGUAUAAAAAUCAAAUACUAUAAAUAAUGAACGACCAGGAAGCGACGCUUGUCAUCCAGCGACCACCACCCCAAAAAAAGGGAGGGUAAAUAAACUAUUAAUAUCAGCUGCGAAA